AUGAUAAAGAGGCAAAGAGCGUUCCAAACACCAACACCAACACCGGAUCUCCCAGAUGAUACCGUUGACGACAUAAUGUCAAUGUUACCUGCAAAAUCAAUAUGCAGAUUCAGUGACCUCUGUGAUUCUGUUAAGACGGAUUCUCCAUUCGAAGAUACAAGUCUAGCGGUUGAAAUUAUUGGUUCUUCCCAUGGUUUGAUUUUGAUGAGAAUCCAUGAUAACUGUCAUUGGAGAACAACUCGAAGGGAAUGCCAAUAUUUCCUUUGGAUUCCAUGUACUAGAGAGCUCAAAGAAAUAUUAAUUCCAAAAGUCGAAGCUGGACCAGCGGAUUAUCAAAAGAUCGAUCUAGAUGACGUAUUCAGUGUUACAUAUGGUGUUAAUCUAAAUUGUGAUACCAAUGAUUACCAGAUUGUGAUAGCUACCUGUAAUGGUAGUUAUGCGCGCGGUGUUUGUUAUGGUACGGAAAUUCAGGUUUAUUCAUCAGAAUCGAGUUCGUGGAAAACCAUAUCCAACAUCCUUCCUUAUGAAAUUACAAACAUGUAUUAUGAUAGGGCUGGAGUAAUAUUUGUUUCUGGAGCUUUUCACUGGUUAGCGAGACAGGUUCAAUCCAAGAGAAGAUUAUGUAUUGUUUCUUUUGAUAUCCAUCGCGAGAACUUCAACGAAGUAGCAGUCACCCCACAAGUCGAUGAUAUGUUAAACGACUUUAAUUAUGUUCACAAGGCAUUGGGUGUUUUAGGAGGGAGUCUUUGCAUUGUAGGAGCAGAUGGUGGUUUGAAUAUUGAUGUUUGGGUGAUGAAAGAUUACAAUGUGACUAAAUCAUAG